AUGGGAGACCUGCGCAGGUGCCUAGCCACAGGGGAGUACGGCUUGCUGAAAGACUGUCCCCUUUUUGAAAGCAAUUUUAUGCAGGUUACCAAGACAGGGGAUGUAGCCAACAGGGUCACCAUGGGCAUUGCUGCCACCAGCCCAAGCCUGGAGCUGCCUGAUCUCAUGCUGCUGGCACGGCCAGCCCCAUCCUUGACAGGGCAAUGCGAGUGCCAGUGUCCUGAAGCAUUGCCCUUUCCUGAUGAGGAGCUGCAGCUCUUUGGGCUUCUGCCCUUGAAGUUUGUCCGGCUCUACAUUCACGACGAGUCACGGUUCCAGCUCAAAGUCCGCCUGGCCAAUGGCCGUACGUUUUAUCUGCAACUUCUCACGCAUCCCCUCAAACAGGAGCAUGUCUUUGGGCAGUGGGUGCGGCUGCUUUAUCGCCUGCGCUUUUACCACUCAGACGCACCCAUCGCCUAUGAGCAGGAAGAGGCAGCAGCCUAUCGCCAGAACUGGAGAAAAAUCAGCAUAUUAUAG